UGAGUUAGCACUAGAUUACCACUUCGCGGAGUCUCCUAUUCCUAAUAACCCAUUGCCUUAUGCAUCAUCCGGACCUACAAAAACGCUAUAUCCGUGUACUGCGUGUGUGCGUACACCAUAGCUGUGAUCCCUACUGCAGCCUACUCAGCUGGUCCACACACAUGCAAGCACCACCAUUCAAGAGCUUAGAGAGUUGUGACAAUGGUAGAUAUUGAGCUCAUGGAAACAAGCUUAAUGCUCUCAUCCGACGGUACAAUGACGGAUGAAAGCGUCACCACAACAGCAGGGAUGAUAGUUUCCUACAAAGACGUGUCUUACUCGGUCACUGUGAGACAAGGAGGAAUCGCUUGCUUUGGAGAGAAAGCAUGGAAGACAGUGCUGUCUAGCGUCAGUGGCGUGAUGAAGCCUGGUCUUAACGCUAUUCUUGGUAGAAGUGGUAGUGGCAAGACAACGCUGCUCGAUAUACUUGCUGGUCGGAGAAAUUACAAUCAAUUUUUAGGUCAUGUAUUAACGAACGGCCGACUGCUAUCGGAACAAUCGAAAAACGAAGUGGGAUACGUUGACCAGAAUGAUGUGGGGCUAUUGGGAGCACUAACAGUUAGAGAAAACAUUCACUUCUCUGCUGCUCUGAGAUUGCCUGGCAAAAUGGGAAAGGAAGAAAAGAGGAAGAUGGUGGAGAUGGUGUUGGCAGAUCUGGACCUCACUGCUGUUGCAGAUUCUUAUGUCGGCAACCAAAUGAUUCGCGGUAUCUCUGGUGGAGAACGAAAGAGGACAAGCAUUGGAAUGGAACUUGUUAUCUCGCCAACUGUUCUCUACCUCGAUGAACCAACAACAGGCCUGGAUGCGUUCACUGCUGUCACAGUCGUUCGACUUCUGAAAGAAUUGUAUCUAAAGAAAGGGAAUACGAUCAUAUUUUCUAUUCACCAGCCCAGAUAUUCACUGUUUAAGAUGUUUGACAGCAUUACACUGCUAGAGAAAGGACACUGUGUUUAUCAUGGAUCAAUGAAUCAUUCAAUUGAAUAUUUCAAACAGCUCGGCUUUACGUGUGAAGAGCACGACAAUCCUGCAGACUUUUUCAUGGAUGUAAUGCAAACUGUGAACGAGAGAGAAGAAGGAGACAAUAAAGAAGAUUCAGAGUUUUCUCUUGUCUCAAGCUACCAGUCAUCGUCCUUCUUCAAAGCAACUCAAGCAGAGCUAACGUUACAACUAGCAACACAGAGAAGUACCGAAGUUGUCACACCAGAUCAAACCAAGUACCCAACCAGUUAUCUCAGUCAGCUUGUGAUUCUCAGUCAGAGGACAUUGUUGAGCACGUUUCGACAUCCAGCAACAACUGUUGUUCGAAUAAUUGCAAACACUUUGAUUUCGCUUGUGAUGGGGAUGCUGCUGUUUCAAGUUAAUAACACUCCAGUGGAAGGUAUUCAAAACAGGGUCGGUUACAUUUUCUUCGCAUCUGCUUUCAUCGUGGUGUCCAAUCAGCAAUCUGUUGGUUGGUUUAUUGACAAACGCAUCAUGUUUUUACACGAGUCAAGAGGAGGAUAUUACCGCGUGUCUGCUUACUUCAUCUCUCAAGUAUUGUGCGAUAUCAUUCCACAACGAUUAAUCCCCAUCCUACCUAUGUUAGUAGUCACCUAUUGGAUGAUGGGAUUGGGCAAAACGGCUGGCCAGUUUUUCUACUUGAUGUUUACUCUUAUACUGGCCUCUUGUAGUGCCUCGAGUCUAGUUGUCUUGUACAGUGCUUUGAUGUCAAGUACAAUGUUGAUUAAUCUGGCAGUGAACUUGUCCUUUUUCUCGAUGACGAUGUUUGGAGGUUUACUGAUCAACUUGAAGUCAAUGCCGGACUACCUCAAGUGGAUCAAGUACAUUAGUGUCGUCCGUUACAGUAUUGAGUGUCUCAGUAUAAAUGAAUUUCAUGGGAUGACGUUUUGCCCCAUCAAAGGACAUGAAAGCAUCUGUGAUAACCGCUCGGUGUCGGGUGAUGAUUACUUGAAUGAGCAGGGUUUUCAUCUUGACAACAAAUGGAACAAUUUGGUCAUUCUUGUUGCCAUCUUUCUCACAUUGCUUGUUUUAUCUUAUGCCAGACUAAGACACAUGGUCAAGAUAAGCUAG